AUGAAACAUAUGUCAUCCGCGUAGUGAUGCUUUCCCCACCAAUCAAAAUCACCUACACACUACACUGUUCCCAUGCCAACUCCAACGUCACUGGUACGUCAGGAGUUCGCGUAAACAUUGUGGGAAGUGUGGAAAUUAUGUUUAGUUUUUGAUUUUCGUUUCUUUGAGAACUAAUAUGUUGUCUAUUUUCAUUAAGUCGCUGAUUGUGGUGUCGGCUUUAGGCAUCGCCACCGGAAGCCAGCUUCGAAAACUGCAGCGAAACCAUACUCCACAACGACUGACAAAUAGUGAAAUCAGGCACUUAGCAGGCCUGUCCAAUAUAAGUUAUUUCAACGAAGUAAUAGACAACAUACUUGUUCCCAGAGUAGUAGGAACGAAAAACCACGAAAAAGUGUUUAACUACAUCAGCACCGAGCUGGACAGAGCUGGAUGGAAUGUAGAUGUAGACGAAUUUGAACAGGAAACACCGAACUUCGGUCGUCUGACUUUCAAAAAUAUUGUGGGAGCUUUAAAUCCAGAGGCUGAUAGAUAUUUGGUGCUUGCAUGCCAUUACGACAGCAAGUACUUCAAACAUGAGGAAUUUGUUGGUGCUAUUGACUCAGCAGUACCAUGCGCCAUGAUGCUCAAUUUAAUCAAAGUGCUCAAGCCUCAAUUAGAUUCAAUGAAAGGAAACACCGAUUUGAGUUUGAAAUUGAUAUUUUUCGACGGCGAAGAAGCCUUUGUGCAAUGGGGCCCCAAUGACUCGAUUUAUGGGGCGCGGCACUUGGCCAAUCGGUACCAUAAUAGCAACUCGCUUACCAGAUCGACUGGAGAAACGAUAUCUGAAUUGCAAAAAAUCGAUGUUAUGAUUCUUUUGGACUUGAUCGGUCAUAAGAAUGCUCAUUUUUACAAUUACUUUCCUGAAACAUCCACAUGGUUCAAUCGAAUGGUUAACGCGGAAAAUAGACUGAAUAAGUUGGGCUUGUUUCAUGCAGGGCCAGUCAAAUACUUUAUCGCCAGAGACUUUCAUAAUGCCAACAUCGAGGAUGAUCAUCUACCGUUUUUAAGAAGAAAUGUUCCAAUAUUGCAUUUAAUUCCGUUGCCAUUUCCCAGAGAAUGGCAUACUUCAGGCGACAACCGAAAUAUUAUCGACAUAAACACCGUUGAGAAUCUGAACAAAAUACUACGGAUAUUUACCACCGAAUAUUUGCAUAUUUACCUUACGGAUACCUCAGAAGACAUUCCAGAGAAAGAAUUAUAAUAGAUGGAAAGGACAAUUCGCAACCUUAACCAGUGUGUUUGCUCUAAGUUGGAUAAAGUGUUAUGAACAAAAGUAUACUUUACUUAAAGUGUCCAGUGUUAAAUGCAUAUUUAGGCCAACGAUUGCUGUUCUUCUAUUCUCGUGGAAAGUGUUAUUUUUAUGCGUGUCUUGUCUUAAUAUUCUGCACUAUAAAAAACUGAUCACAUUUUAUUAUGACGGUGGGCCUGAAUAUGUAUAGCGGUUAUUCGGAUUUCGAUACUUAUUUCUUGUGAUAUUUUUUUUGGAAACUGAUGUAUUUAAACUGUUCAAGCAAAACUAUAUUUUUAAUGUAUUUGACUAUUAAAUAAAUAUAUGUAUAAAGAUUUACGUCAA